AUGACCGCAUCAGACAACCUGCCAUGUGACCCACUGAAGGAGUCUGAGCUCUCCGUUCUCCGCAAGCAAUACGAGUCGGAGGGCAGCUUCGUGGGGGUGCAGACGAAAUUUAACUACGCGUGGGGGCUGAUCAAGUCGAACCGCCGGGAGGAGCAGCAGCUAGGUGUGCGGCUGCUGACCGAGAUAUUCCGCGAGCACGGCGAGCGCCGCCGCGAGUGUCUCUACUAUCUCGCACUCGGACAUUACCGCCUAGGCAACUAUGCGGAGGCUAGGAGGUAUAAUGAGGCCCUCCUGCUCAAUGAGCCGGGAAACAGUCAGGCCCUGAGUCUGCGCGGGCUGGUCGAUGAUAAGGUCGCUAGAGAGGGCCUGCUCGGUGUGGCAAUCGUUAGUGGCGUUGCCCUCGCCGCGGGAUUGGUCGGUAGUGCGCUCUGGAAGGGGCUAUCAAGGAAACGGUAG